AUUUUAUGAUCUGCUACCAGCAGAAUGGUAACGUGAAGGAAAUGUUUUCAGUCUAACGGAUGUGAAGGCGGAGUCUGUCUCUCCUUUCAUGACUAUAGGCAGAGCAUUACAUGUUGAAAUAUAACCGUCCGUUACCUCCCUAAUCUACAAUUCAACAGACUAGGGAUAAACAUCUCAUCUGGUUCACUUCGCCUGAACUCUACAAACGACAAUAAACGAGUGUCUACAAUGAAUCAGGAAACACUCUCCCUCCAACCCUCCUCCUCCCUACCCCUCCUGGAGUCCCCGUGUCAUGCCUCUCCCGGUAGCCCCUUACUGCUGGGUCUGAAGAGGCUGUCUGUGCGGCUGGUCGACUGCAGGAAAACACCGGCGCUAAGGCACAGUCCUAACCGUCACUCUCUCGGUAGAAGGGGCUUGUCAUAUUGGGAGGCUAAACAUGAUGCUGAGGAGGCAGAGAAAAGUCUCUCCAGAUCAGAACACCUCAAGAAACAACAGCAGAAACCCACAAGGAAGAAAUCUCACUGCUGCUCUGACUGUGGGAAGAGUUACACCUCUUCAGAAGGUCUUAGAAGACACCAGACAAUUCAUACUGGAGAGAAACCUCACUGCUGCUUCCAGUGUGGAGCUAGCCUCUCCUCUGCCAGUGCACUAGAAGGACACAUGCGGAUUCACACUGGAGAAAAACCGUUCCAGUGCUCAGAAUGUGGGCAGAGAUUUAAAGACUCCAGUGGUUUACGGAUACAUGAGAGAAUAAAACACACUGGCGAAAAACCCCACUGCUGCUCUGACUGCGGGAAUAGAUUUGUUACAUCGCAACACUUAAAAGCUCACCGGCGGACUCACACUGGAGAGAGACCGUUCCACUGCUCUGAGUGUGGGAAGAGUUUCAAACAAGCCUCAACACUCUUUGAACACAAACGAAUACACACAGGAGAGAAGCCUCACCACUGUGAGCAGUGCGGGGGAAGCUAUUCCUCUGCUAAAUUACUCAGAGUACAUCAGAGGAUUCACACAGGGGAGAAAUCUUACCAAUGUGCUGACUGUGGGAAAAGCUUCAGACUGUUGUCUAUUUUAAGAUGUCACCAGCUAAGACAUACUGGAGAGAAGCCCCACCAAUGUACUGAGUGUGGGAAGAGGUUUGCUGUUAAGAGUGGUCUCUGGUUACAUAACAUAGUGCACACUGGAGAGAAAGGCUACCAAUGCCCACAGUGUGGCAAGAAGCUAGGAUCAUCUCAGUCUCUAGAGCAGCAUAAGCGAACACACACUGGACAGAAACCCUUCCACUGUUCCCACUGUAAGUUGAGCUUUGCCACUAAUUCAGCCCUGUACAAACACCAGAGAAUUCACACAGGAGAGAAACCACACAGCUGCAAUGUUUGCCAGAGGAGUUUUGGACGGUCAGAUCACCUGAAAAUUCACGUGCAAAUUCACACAGGAGAAAAGCCAUACCACUGCUCUAAGUGCGAGCUGAGUUUCACUAACAACAGAUCUCUGAAAGAACAUGAGGUCAGACACACAGAAGAGAAACCUCACUGCUGCUCCCAAUGCGGUGCUUGUCUGUCCUCUGCCAGGGCACUGGAAGGACACAUGCGGAUUCACACUGGAGAGAAACCGUUCGAGUGCUCUGAAUGUGGGCAGAAGUUUGCACAUAGAGCCAGUCUUGGGACACAUCGAAGAAUACACACAGGAGAGAAACCCUAUCACUGCUCUGACUGCAAGAAGAGUUUUUCAAGACUUGACUCUUUAAAGAAACACAAGUUCACACAUUCAGAGAAGAUGUACCACUGCUCUCAGUGUGAAUCAAGCUGCACAACGCCAGGCGCAUUAAAGAAACACCAGCUUAUACACACUGGAGAGAAGCCUUACCACUGCUUCCACUGUGACAAGAGCUUCCUUUGGCAACAGUCUCUCAAAGAACAUGAGCGUAGUCAUAAGGGAGAGAAACCGUACUCUUGCUCAGACUGCGAGAACAACUUUGCCACGAUGGCAACCUUGCGAAUUCACCAGCGAAUACACACAGGAGAGAGGCCAUACCAAUGCCCUUUCCCUGACUGUGGGAAGAGUUUUGCCCAGACCAGCGCCUUGAAAGUUCACAAGAGAAGGCACACAGGAGAGAAGCGGCACCACUGUGAUCAGUGUGGGAAGAGUUUUGUCACGUCAGGUGACUUGCAAUCUCACCAGCAAACUCACUCCAAAAAGAAGCCUUACUGCUGCACAGAGUGUGGACUUAGUUUUUCUAGAUCUGAUUCCUUAAAGAUUCACCAGAGAAUCCACACAGGAGAGAGGCCGUACAACUGCUCAGAGUGUGACAAGAAUUUCACGUUGAAGGGUCACCUUACUAGACACCAGUUGACACACACAGGAGAGAAACCUCUCCACUGCUUUGACUGCGGGAAGAGUUUUGCUCUCUCAAGCAACCUAAAAACACAUCAGUUAACACACACAGGAGAGAAGCCUUACCACUGCCUUGAUUGUAAGAACAGGUUCACCACUAAGAGUGAACUGACUGGACACCAGCAGAGAGAGACAGGAGAGAAACCUCACUAAAUAUUUGAGUGCAACAAGAGCUUCAAGUGUUCAAUGGACUUGAGAUACCACGUUCAGCGCAAACACAACGGGACACCCUACCACUGCACCCUCUGAGUGCAGCUUCAGCUCCCCACAGCAUCUGAAGUACCACCAGAUGACACACACGGGAGAGAUACCAUUCGUAUGCAUUGACUGCGGGAAAAGAUUCACUCAGGCUGGGGGGUUGACUUACCACAGGAGGAUUCACACCGGAGAGAAACCUCACAGCUGUGAUCAGUGUUACAAGAGUUUCAGUAAAUGGAGCAGUCUGCAAUCACACCAGUGGGGACACACAGGAGAGAAGCCUGACAGCUGUGAUGAAUGUGGGAAGAGAUUCACACAAGGGAAUCCUGGCUUCACACAAGAGAAUACACACCUGAGAGAAACCUUACCACUGCUCUCUAACUGGGAAAUGCUUUACCACCUCAAGUGAACUGAUUAUACACCAGGGAACACACACGGGAGCGAGGCCUAAUGGCUGUGGACAAGAGAAGACUGAUAAAUAUUUUAUUUAUUCAUUUGUAAAUGAUGGAACACCUAUAGAGACAAUUAUAGAAUGAGCAUCAAGGACACACGCUAACAAUUGUGGAAUGUGAACGCUUGUAGGUUGUCCCUGACAAUGCCCAUAACUGAAACAACAAUACUUUAAAAUACGGAGGUUUUCACUCGGUUUUGUGGAUUUCACCAAAACCCAUAGUUUUUCAUUUCGGCAUAAACGUUUAUCUAAACAAUUGGCUUUAUAAAUAAAUGUGAUUUGAACUUGCAUCAUUGUCCCAAAGCCACACCCGCAUUAGAAGUUCUGAAUGAGAAAGUGUAGGCUAUAUAUAAAUAAUUACGCUCUAAUGGAAAAUCAUUCAACAAAAUGAGUAUUUCUAUCAAGGUGUAGUCAAUAACAUUGUUUGAACUUUGAUACACGGCCUCAUGGGAUUGACUCUGUGCAGCCAAUGGCAAUGUUCGCUUUAGUUAUAAUGCCAGGAGCCUCUUGUGGAUUUGACAACUCUAAUGCAGUUCCACCUCCAACACCGCCAAAGCAAUCGCUAUGCAGAUGUUGUCUAACACGGGUCUGAUUGAAUCAAGCCCUGAGAACGGACACAGUUCUCAACAUACUCACAACUUGCCAUUGGAUACAAAUUAUAAACAUUUGGAUGCAGAAAAUAAUUGCUGCAAGUGAAGUUCUAGUCAAAUACUGUAUGGAACAUGAUAUUUACCAUCUACUAUUCUUUCUUCUCAGCACUUCAAAAUGAACACUUUUGAAAUGUAGCUGGUAUUUUUUUGCAUUUGGAUUGUGGGCUCAAUUCAAAGAGAUUUGUAGCUAGCCGACACCUGCAUAGCUGGUGUUGUGACGGUGUCUGAGGUGGAACUGUGUCAGAUCUGCUAAAAACACAAGCUGUUCCUGUUGUCGUGUCUUUGGCAUCAUUAAAGUGAAGACUGUUAUUUUAUCAAAUCAAUUCUCUGUAAUUAUUAUUACGUGAUUAAACUAAUCAUGUAAAUGUAAUUAACUAGGAAGUCUGGGCACCAAGGAAAAUCUUCAGAUUACAAAGUUAUCAUUUUCCUAAUAUAACUCUUCAGAUAUUUUAAUAUCUCAUCAAUUAGUCUUCUAAUUAAUGAAUUAUUAUUUACCUCACGUCAGUCUCAACCAACAAUUUACGACGAAUAUCUGCACGAACCCAGCCUUUACUAUAAAUCAUCCAUACACCAAUUGGCUUAAUCAUUUAUUUACUUACUAACUAAAUAAUCACAGAAAUGCAUAAACAAACACACAGUAGAUCUGUUACUAACAAAUUAUAGGGAAGAUUCCCUAGUGGGCUAAGCCGAUAUGACGGCUUGGUGGACAAAGGGAAGUGGGUGUGGACUGAGAGAGAGAGCGGGAAAGACAAAAGGGAGCCACUACACACUACUAUAAUUAUAUUAAUUGAAAUGCUCAGUCUUUGCACAUGAACGCUCACUCAUUCGGGAAUAAUUGCAAUCAAUAUAUAUUUACGCCCAUGUGUCGUCGUGAUAUUUUCUGUAUCUUUCUCUCUCUCCGUUUCCCUGAAGAUCGAAGUCUUUCGUGGUUAGAAUGGAUACUUCAGAGUACCAUUCAGAAAUGUUCUCAUAGUAUAGACGUUUCGGCGGUUGUCGGUCGUCGCAUCCCAGGUUUAUAUCAUUUCUAGCUACAGACUAGUAAUUAGUAUCUAAGAUUUUCUCUUAUUCUGUAGGGAUUGAUAUUCUCAGAGUUUAACCAUUUCCAGCCGUGUAGCCAAUGCUCCACGUAGUAUGGUUAGGAAUUCAAUAACUAUUCGUAAUCACAGCUCACUCUGUGGGUUUGCUUAGUCUAAACUCAAACCUGUGCUACCUCAGUUUACCCCGAGGUAUGUGUGGUCUGAAGAGGAUUUCCUCAGGAGGGGCUUUUAUUCGUAACAGUAGAAAAGGCGGUUCUAUGACGCCUGAUCAUGUCAGUGCUCACGGGGGCGUGGCCAAUGACUUAGUUAAACUUUAAAGAGAAUACAGUUCUUUCACAUUAAAGGUUUAACAUCAUAUUACAUCAUUUCACAAAUAGUUCCAUCUUUACACAUUAAUUUUAUACAAUAAUUAGAUGAAACCUCAUAACGGAGGCACCUGUAUAAACAGAGUUAGGGUAAUGUGGCUGUAUUGUUUUUCCAUGAGGUCACAAUCAUAAAACAAAACGUACCGGGUCGUAGCUGGCUUCUCCACUGACCGUUUGCACAUUCUCCAAAAUAUGGAUAUUGUUCCAGUCUCAAAUUCUGGAAUGUAGUAGAAUUUGGCAGGAGUUCCUUUGUUCUACUGUGGAUCUCUCUCUCUCCAUACUGCAUGAAAAGGGGUAGAGAGUCUCCGCCAGGAAUGUACGGCCUGAGAUAACAGAACCUGGGUGUAGGAGAGAGUGAGAAGCCAUGAUCUAUACCCAGAAAGGGCCAUGUCAUGACACCGUCUUAUACCUAUCGUGAAAAUGGACAUUGGCUGCAUGGAGGAGUAGGAAUCCCAUUCAGCCAUGUUUACAAGCUAAAACUCUGGUGUGUAAUUCAGGGCUGGAUUCAAUCCGUUCUGCCUUAAUCCAUCAUAACCGACAACUGCAUAGUCGUUUCAUUGUUUUUAUUCAGGUGAUGCCUGAGGUGUAACUGCAUUGGAGCUGUCAAAUCAGAAACCUGCUGUAAUACCCAUCACUGAUGUUGCCAUUGGAUAAUCUCAUGCAGCCUUUUUAGAUUCAAAUGUUUGCUCUAGUCUACACCUUGAAUAGCCUGAUAUGCUGUAUGGUGUGAAAUUACAAGAUUAUGUUCUAUACUGCUUAUGCAUUGAAUAGUUGGAUCAGUUAUUUUCCACUCUGUGUCUGUUGGCCUGAGUUAGGCCUCUGGGUUUAAAGCCAACAGCCGAUUGGGGGUAAAAUUGUGAUAAGGCUACAUCCUGUCUUCCAUACACUGAGGGUGCAGCUGUGUGGAGGAGAACUGAAAGAAGAUUACCUUUGUAUAGCAUCAGCAAUAUGACCUGGAGACAGAAACUACACCUGAUCUGAGCUAAUCUUGUUGUUCCUGCUUGAGUGGACAAUAUACCCUUUUAUGCUUCCACACUUCUGCUUCGUAGACAAAGAGCUUUUUAUAAAACUGAGACCCAACUCUGUUCUGGGGCUCUUAACUCUGCACAUUGAGUGAUUGUUAACCACUCCAGAAUUGCAGUUCUUAUAAUAAAAGUCGUUUGAAGAA